AUGGUGGUGGUGCUCCGCGCCGGCUGCAGGGCGGCUCUCUUCCUGUGGAUUUUCAGCAACAUCAGCUGCAGAGCCCGGACGGCGCUCCCCGCCUCCCAAAAAUGCGAUGAAGCAUUAGUCUCCAGCCUCGCCCACUCCUCCUUCAGCAGUUCAUCCUCUCUGUCAAACAGCUACGCCCCGGGGUAUGCAAAGCUAAACAAAAGAGGAGGGGCUGGAGGCUGGUGUCCAUCGGAUAGCGACCAUUACCAGUGGCUGCAAGUGGACUUUGGCAAUAGGAAACAGAUCAGCUCUAUUACAACUCAAGGCCGAUACAGCAGUUCAGAUUGGGUCACUCAGUACCGAAUGCUUUACAGUGAUACAGGAAGAAACUGGAAGCCAUAUCACCAAGAUGGGAACGUUUGGUUAGUAGGUUACCUGUUUUCCACCUUUUUGCAGAUUCAUUAG